AUGUCCCACGACCUAGUGGAUGGGAUGACGCCAGCGUCUGCUUUCCCACCUUCUGCCGAAAACCAUCAUUCCAACUCUCGACCUCGACGACAAACCGUGUCUGCGGUGUAUCCGACCAUCCAUGCAACACAGAGAGACGCGCCUCUUAAUUCGGCUCGAAUUUCCAGAGCGUCAGUAUACGGCUCCGGGGUGAACCAUUCGUCGGCGUUGGCCCGUUCAGCCGUGACCGAGUCUCCCGCACGACGUCCACGGAGCAAUACCCUGGGGGUUCAGACAAAGUUUCUCCCAGCCCAGCAGCAAUCUCAUCUCGCCCGGCUCGAUCAACACCGUCCCGGCGCCAUGUUUGUGGACGAUCCCCGUGACGCGGGCACCGCAACCGCGCUAACAUCCGCCGGAACCAGCGAUUCACCAACAAUAACAACAACCCCGAUGGCUCAAGACAUGAUCUCCUCACCAUCCAGAACCCCUGGCGCCUCUGCAUCGCAUCCCCACACGUCGGUCGCUUCGGCUCCCCGAUUACCACAGAGUCGUUUCAACUUUGAAUAUCAGUUGCCCCUUCGCAGACGAACCCUAGCAUCGCACAGCUCCGUUAUCGACACGUCCUCUAGUCUAAACCCGACGCCGACCCCCCAGCGCACUUUCCUGUACGACAGACCACGGCACUCAAUCCAAGGCUUUAAUCUGUCCCACGGUCGCGCUCCAAAGGAAUCAUCUUCUUUACCCCCGUCGCCCCGGUUCGCUGUAGACGACGAUAGCGAUUCUGCGCUGGCCCCUGAUCCUGAUUCGACCAUCAAAGCACUGAGUCCCAAUGCGACAAAACGCCGGAAAGAUUCCUUUUAUGCCCAGCAAACGCUUCCAAGUGUAAAGAGGAGAAUGCCAUCGUACACAGCAACUUACACCGAAGGGAACGACCGCAGGCGCACCGUGAACGGUGUGAACAAAUAUGCGACAGAGGAUGGCAAUCGGACUCCAGUCGCGGACGACGCUCGAUCCGACAUCUUCCUGAAUAUCGCUAGGUCAGACUCAAGCCGUCGCGAAUCCCUUGGACGGUCAGAACUUAGACGGGUGAGUAACGUGUUUGCUUUGAAAGACGAACAUACCAACAACCCGAGCAUGGCCCUGCAAAAGGAUCUCCGAUGGGCCCUCCCCUUUUCAGCGUCUCGCCAUAUUUUGAAUAAUCUUUCGACUGUGAGCUGA